CGGUUGUUAAUCUAGACUGUUGUCCACCAGCUCGGCUGGGCUGGGCUGGGUCAGUGAUCUCAGAUACUCCCUCUUCUCUUCCUGUCUGCAGGGCAUGCUGAUAGAGGGGCCCCCAGGCCCUGAAGGCCCUGCCGGUCUUCCAGGACCGCCAGGAACUACAGGUCCUACUGGCCAAGUGGGUGACCCUGGAGAAAGGGGUCCCCCUGGUCGCCCAGGUCUUCCUGGGGCUGAUGGCUUGCCUGGUCCCCCAGGAACCAUGCUCAUGCUGCCGUUCCGGUUUGGAGGAGGCGGCGAUGCUGGUUCUAAGGGCCCCAUGGUCUCUGCCCAGGAGUCUCAGGCCCAGGCUAUCCUCCAGCAAGCCAGGUUGGCACUGAGGGGACCAGCUGGUCCAAUGGGUCUUACCGGAAGACCUGGCCCCAUGGGUCCUCCUGGGAGUGGAGGCUUGAAGGGUGAGCCAGGAGACAUGGGACCCCAGGGUCCACGAGGUGUUCAAGGUCCACCUGGCCCAACAGGGAAGCCUGGAAGACGGGGCCGUGCUGGGAGUGAUGGAGCAAGAGGCAUGCCUGGACAAACAGGCCCCAAGGGUGACCGUGGCUUUGAUGGCCUAGCUGGAUUGCCAGGAGAGAAGGGCCACAGGGGUGACCCUGGUCCUUCUGGCCCACCCGGACUUCCAGGAGAUGAUGGAGAAAGGGGUGACGAUGGAGAAGUUGGGCCUAGGGGGCUGCCCGGGGAGCCUGGACCACGUGGUCUUCUUGGGCCAAAAGGGCCUCCUGGCCCUCCAGGACCUCCAGGUGUAACUGGAAUGGACGGCCAGCCUGGCCCGAAAGGAAAUGUGGGUCCCCAGGGAGAGCCUGGGCCCCCCGGACAGCAGGGUAAUCCCGGUGCUCAGGGUCUUCCAGGUCCCCAGGGUGCCAUUGGUCCUCCAGGAGAAAAGGGUCCUUUGGGGAAACCAGGUCUCCCAGGAAUGCCCGGUGCUGAUGGACCCCCGGGGCACCCUGGCAAAGAAGGUCCUCCAGGAGAGAAAGGAGGCCAGGGUCCUCCUGGCCCCCAGGGUCCCAUUGGCUACCCAGGUCCACGAGGAGUCAAGGUAAGAGGGACUUUGCAGCUCUGGGUCUUCCUGGGGUCAGGGUGGGGUGGGUGCAUGGCCCUGGCUGGUUCCUGGAAGUUCCUUUGUGGUUAAGCCCCAUUCCAGGCACUAAAGCAUGGCCUGGCCCCCCAGUUCAGUAUACAGAUGCUGGGGCCUGGACAGUAGGGUUGAGCAGGUGUGAAUACAGCCUGCCAGAAAAGGGGUAAAUUGAUACAUAGCAAGGAACUACCUCCUAGUCAGGCUGUGAAGAAGCAGGUGGCACUGCACUGGCCAUCCUCUUGUGUUUACCAUUUGUCCUACCAGGCUAUCGCAGGGGGUAGAUAGAUCUCAUUCAGCAGGGCCAUGGCCAGCCAGGGGAACAGUCCUCUGAGCCAUUGGCAUGUUGAAAAAGAGAGAAGACCAGUGUGUCCACUCAAAUCCCGGGAGGCAAGGUUUAUGGGAGAUGUCCAUUUGUUUACAAUCAUGUUUCUGCUGUAGAAAUUCCUGGAACCUUGUUAAACGGGACACAGAAUGCCAGAGCAAUAUUGAGAGCAAGGUCCCCUUUGUUCCCUCAACACUAACUGUGUUUGCUCUGAGCUGCCUGAUUUAAUCUCGAGUUCCCAAGUUCCCAGGGCGAAGGCACAUUCCUGUGUAGAAGAUAAGUGUGGACAGGGCCUUUUCUUUCUUCAUAACAGGGACUUAGCAGCAUCUCAAAGCUCCAGGCUUUCCACUGGCAAAAAAAAAAAAAAAAAAAAAAAAAAAAAAAAAAAAAAAA